AUGGCCUCGGACAUAUCACUAUCUACAUUGGAAGCUCUUGAGGCCACGUUAUUGAAUAGGUCGGGGAACGUGCCGCUACACAACCGCUUCCGCGCGCUGUUCACGCUCAAGUCGCUGAAGACGGACCAGGCGGUGGAGAUCAUCGGCAAGGGGUUCUCGGAUGAGAGCGCGCUGUUGAAGCACGAGCUCGCCUACUGCCUGGGCCAAACCAAAAACCUGACGGCCGUGCCGACACUCGAAUCCGUCCUCGCGAACGAAUCGGAGGAUCCGAUGGUUAGACAUGAGGCAGCAGAAGCCCUCGGUGCCAUCGCCUCCACCUCCUCCGUCCCCAUCCUCUCCAAAUACCUCUCCGACUCCCAACGUACCGUACGUGAAACGUGCGAGAUCGCCCUCGCGCGCAUCGAAUGGGAACACUCCGACGAAGGCCGCGCGCACGCCGAAGCGUCAAAAGCCGCCGAGCAGGCUGCAACAUAUACAUCCAUCGACCCCGCCCCGCCCACCUCCAAACUUCUCUCUGGCGCGCCCAAACCCGAAGACGCAUCAGAAGAGACCAUAGCGUCCCUACGGACGACCCUGCUCGACGCCUCCGUGCCCCUCUUCGAGCGCUACCGCGCCAUGUUCGCCUUGCGCAACAUCGGCACCCCCGCCGCCGUCGACGCGCUCGCCGCCGGCUUCUCCGACGACAGCGCACUCUUCAAACACGAAAUCGCGUUCGUGUUUGGCCAACUGCUCUCGACGCACUCCGUCCCGGCGCUACUGAAGGUGCUCGAGGACCAGCACGAGUCGGAGAUGGUCCGGCACGAGGCCGCCGAGGCGCUCGGCGGCAUCGCGACGCCCGAGGUGCUCCCGCACCUGAAGGACUGGAUGAACCGCGAGGACGCGCCGCGCGUGGUGAGGGAGAGCUGUCAGGUCGCGAUCGAUAUGUGGGAGUACGAAAAUUCGGAUCAGUUCCAGUAUGCGAACGGACUCGAAGGGAGUGUCGCACCAGUCGGUGCUUAGAACAUAUGCGGCAUAUGGGCAUCUAUGUCUAUAACGCCCGGCAUCACAUUUCUACGCGUUAUCACUCAUUCGCUUUCAUGGAAAGUGAAAUCUAGGGUUAAUUGCAUGGUAUUGCACAAUGGCGUUGUGUUCUUUCUGUUCCUCUUCUGUUCGGCGCCGGCACCUCAAGAGUUCGGGUGCACACUCGUUUCCUCGACAUUAUCGACGUCAAGGCGUUUUGCCCGGCCAAGGCCUUCCGUCUCCGCGAUGCGUUGCUCGAUCUCCGCCUCUUGUCCACCAUCGAUUUCGUAUGCGCCCUCCUGCACAACGGGUUGCCUACGUUCUGACCCCUUGACAUUGGAGGGGAGGUUCUG